UGUUCUGUGUUAAAAGCUUGUGCUGCCCUCUAUUAUCGGCGUUGGUACUUAGAAAGAUAUGCCUUUUUUGUGUUUGGUGUGGGACAGAAGUGUUCGGUAGUUUGAGACUUUGUUUAUAAACAAGAGUAAUGUGUAUAGAGUGACGUAGUGCGGCUAGAGUGGCGAAUGUAGAAAUGAUAAGCAAUAAACUUUGCCGCCUGUGCGCAAGAGAAAGGGAAGGCUCCAUCAGAAUUUACGAAGAAGAAGGCCAGAAAUUGAAUCUUGCAACAAAGAUUAUUCAGUGUCUGCAGAUUUGGUUAUACCCAGAGGAUCCACUGCCAAAAACUGUUUGCUUGGAGUGCUGCACGAAGUUGAAUCAGUACUUUGAUUUCUUUGAAACAAGCUCACGUGCACAGUUAUCACUGCAGAUAUUAUUUGAUCCGAAAGUAGCGAAAGAAGAAUUCAAAGCAGACUCUCUUGAUAUUGUCGCAAAGGUAGAACCCAAUGACAGAACCAAAAAACCCUCAAGUGAUCGUGACACUGGUGGAGGAGAAGAUGAUGAUGAUGAGGAGGAGGAGGAGGAGGAGGAAGAGGAGGAGGAGGAGGAGGAGGAAGAGGAAGAAGGAGAUGGAUCUAAUUAUAACAUUGAUGGGGCAUUAGAUGAAUAUGAUUCUCCCACUGAGACCAACGCAGAGCCUCCUGAAUUUGUAGAGUGUGUUCUCUCUGACAGAGACAUCAACACACACAAUGAAGAAAAAACUGGUUCAUCAGCUUCUUCCCGACGAAAACGGUGUGUUCCUGUUAAACGAACGGCUCCGAUGAAGGAGCGAUUGGCAGUUCGAGAUAAAACUUCAGUGAAAGAUGGUGUCCCAUCUAAAUCUAAGAAUUCUGUUAAAGAACGGUCGAUGAGGAGGGAGAGGUCAAUUUCAGAAGAACGAAUCCCACUCGAGCAGAGGCUGCUUAUGGUGAAGGAAACGAGAACAGAAAAGAAAGAGAAGGAAAAUAGUGAAAUUGAAGAUCUCAAACCUAUAGAACAUGAACGUAACCCUGAAAAUGAGGAAUUUUGUGGAAUUAAGGAAGAAAAUAGUGAGGAAGAAAACAUGUCUGAAGGGAAGACUCUAAAAAAGAAGAGUGGGUCAUCAAGGAAAAAAAAAGAUGGGGAAGCAAAGCCCAGACCAAAGACUGUUAUGGACGGAUAUUCAUGGCAGUGCACAGACUGCACAGCUGUGCUAAGCAGUCUGCAGGAGCUGCGGUCCCAUCAUCAGACUGAGCACAACCAACCACCAAAUUUCAAGUGUUCUCAGUGUGCCAAGGUUUAUACGAGAUACCGAAGUUUUGCAAGACACGUGAAGCUUCAUGGCAAUCCAAAGAAAUUUAGGUGUGAAGAAUGUGGCAAGUGUUUCUCUCAGAAGACGGUGCUGCAGUCCCACAGCACAGUACACACUGAUGCGAGACCACACGUGUGUCCACAAUGUGGCAAAGCUUUCAAGCAGUUCAGCUCACUGUACCUGCACAGCAAGUGUCAUUUGCCAGACCAGGUGAAGCCUAAAUUCCCAUGUGACAUCUGCCACAAAGACUUUGCUACAAAACAUACGUUGGAGACCCACCGUAAGAUACACACAGGAGAGCGAAAUUACAUAUGCGACGUAUGUGGUAAAAGUUUUAUAGCGAAAGGCAGUUUAGAUUACCACAUUUUGACACAUUCAGGAGAAAAACCACAUCACUGCCCAGUUUGUGGGAAAGGAUUCAAGACUGCACGACUUCUGGGAAAGCAUGCAACUUUACAUACUGGUAUCAAGCCUCAUCAAUGUGACGUGUGUGGAAAACAAUUUCGGGAACGUGGAGCACUGAGGGAGCAUAACCGGAUACAUACUGGUGCUAUGCCAUAUACGUGUGAGUUCUGUGGAAAGAACUUCCGUUUCAAGGGUAUUCUCACUGUGCACAGGCGGCAGCACACGGGGGAGAGGCCAUACAGCUGUCAGGAGUGCAGGCGAGAGUUCACAAAUUGGGCAAACUACAAUAAGCACAUGAAGAGGCGUCACCGGAACAGUGAUGACCCUAAUGCCAUAAAUACCAACAGAAGCACUACUCGUACUUACCAGGCUCCCACAAACACAAUACAUAGCAGUAUUAUGGCACCAGACAGUAUGAAAAUGUUACCACAGCAAAGUGGUAGUGUGAUGACGUCGACAGCUGUCGUUUCUGCCGUGCCACCACCUGCGUCAGUAUCUUCUCUUGGUGGUCCGUACAAUUUGAGCAGUAAUCACACGAAUAGUGGUAUUGGUGACAGUAGUAGUAAUAGUGGUUUAGGACCAAGUGGAAUGCCAGUAGUACAGGGAGGUGUACUGUACCAGAACCAUCCUAAUAUUGGCACAGGCGUCGCCAAAAUGUCUGUUGGAAGUAUGUACGGAUCACAUACUAAUACAAACAAAGUGGCGGUGUCAAACGUGUUUCACAAUACUGGCAAUAGUGAUAUGAAUCACAUUGCUGCGAAGAUGCCCACAAUUGGUAACAUGUAUCACCAUCAGCAGGACGGUAGCCAGGAUGCAGUCGAUAGAACUUCUACACAGACAAAUCUUAUGAAUUCGUAUCAUGUUCACUCGUAUGUGCCAGCAGCAUUACCAUUAAGCAACAUGGGGUAUUAUAUACCACCUAUACACCACACAGAUCCUAGCAUGGAUAUGCUGCACAACAGGAUGACAACCAACCAGUAAACUUUGAGGUGGCGAUGGAACUGCAGUUACAGAUGAGACUGGAAUGGAUUCCUUCAGCACUGUGAAAUGGCUGAUGUUACUAGAGAUUUGUGUACAUCAUGAACCUUUAAUGUUUUGUUCAAGCGAACAAUAAGGUGUUCUGUCAUAUUUAGUGUGUCUUUUAACAUUAAGACACGUUUAUUAUAUUUCCUAAGUGAAAUCUCUUAAAAAGCUUUACUAUGGUAAUAGGAAAGUAAUACUUGUGUAUAUUACACAGUUUAUGGUUGUUGUUGCAUAGUGCCAUACAUUUUUAUAGAUUUACAAUACCUGCCAGUCAGACGGUUUUUACUAUUAACAUAUAUAAUGCUUUUUCUCGCAUAAUUUUUAAUAUGAGCUGUUGGUGCAUCAUUGUGUGUCUUCACUACAAUGUGUGAAAUAUUAAG